AUGCCUUCUAGAGAAGCCUUUGACCUAUACACUUAUGACGAUGCUCCUCCGAGAAAAAAGAGAGCGAACAGGCGGCAUCCUGGGGAGGGCAGUAGUGAACCCUUCAACAAGAAGGCUCGAGCAGAGGAUCCUCCAACACCUCCUGCUACACCCACCCCUACUAGGAAUACGACACCUCCUCCUCCUCGCAAUAGCCUUCCUCCCGAGCAAGCAAGGCAACCUUCAACCAAAGACCUGUUGAGUGUCGCCUACAACACCACUCAUGAGAAGCUACAAAGGCUUUCAAGGCAUCGUCGUAGCCAGGAGGCCUUCUCGCAACUUCCUCCGCUACCGCACAACCAGGGUAUCCUCACAAUGGGGCAUGGCUGGCGCCGAGCUGAGGAGUUCGAGGCUAAAUUUUUCGAGGAGGUCAAGGCAGUCGAGGCCAGAUAUGCCGAGCAGCAGAAAGCGGGCGAGGAGAAAAAUGCUAGCUUGAGCGAGGAGCUGAGGAAACACCAGGAGGCAUUUGUUAAAAUCACCGAUGCCAAGGAGAAGUGUAAGGAGGCUUCAGUGUUGAAUUUUAAAGAGGCCUCCAAACUUCAGGAUGACCUGGUGAUCAACAGGAAAGAAACCGCCGAGCAGAAGGAGCGCGCUAAACGACUCGACGAAACCAAUGCUCGCAACCUAGAGAAAUACAAGGGAGCGGCGUUCAAAUGCUUCUACCUGUUCUUGAAGAGCAUCCAGGGGUGA